CCCAAACGUCGCAGAUCAAGUACAGAGGAGAAAGAUGUCUCUAUAGCGAAGAGAGCCCGUACCCGCGACCCAAAUGAUCAUCUCUCCUCCCUCUCCGACGAACUGCUAAUCCGCAUUCUUCACCUCCUCCCAAUCCACACCCUCCUAAACUGCCAUUUUCUCUCUCACCGUUUCUACCGCCUCUCCUCCGACUCCCAAAUAUGGAAGAACCUCUACUACAACCGCUUCGUGCUCCCUCGCGCGUUACGCAUCCCGGGAAUCCGCGACUUAUCCCGGAAAGAGGAUUUACAUUUCUCCAGUCGGAAGAGUAAAUGGUUGGAUGAGAGUAGUCUUCUAGAGAGGAAAGAUGGCGGUAUGACGAAUUGGAAGAGGCAGUAUAAGUUGAGGCAUAAUUGGAGUAUUGGUGCGUGUGAGGUGCAGGAGAUUAGGGUGAAGGAUGGGGUGGGAGAGAGGGAGAGGAUGUUGGUUAAGCUUGCCGAGGGAUGUGUGGUUACAGCUGAUCGGGAAGAUGGCUUGAGAGCUUGGGAUUUGAAGGGGAAGGGACUUAUCGCGAAGAUGGGGCUGGGGGAAAGGGAAGUGCCGACUUGUUUGGCGGUUGAUGAGCAGGAAAGUGAUGGGUUGGGCAUUGCUGUGGGGUUUGAGGAUGGUGGGUGGGGAACUUGGAGGUUGAUUGCUGCUUCAAAGGAGUUUGUCGAGGUUUACAGACAUCCGGCGAGUAGUAAUGGAACGCUUGGUGCUGUUGCGUAUGGAUAUCCGUAUGUUCUUACUAUUACAGAAGGACAAUUGCUGUCUCUGUACUCCUUCACACCAGCUCCUAUACCGGACGAGCCAACUUUUGAGGACGAAGCUGGCGAACAACCUUCUGAAUCAUUUACAACGAAAGAAAGCACGUCCUCAGUAACGACACUUGCCGCAGUUCCCAAUGUCCCAGACGAUACACCACACCCCCGUCUUCUCGCUUCCCUCAAAUCUCACACUUCAUGGCCACCACUUUCCCUCUCAAUCCGUACAACACCAAACACUCUCAUCGCAAGCAUAGCAUACUCUCUGCCAACCUAUCUUUCGGGUUAUACCAUCGGUGUCCAAGAACUACAUCUCUCACUCAUCACUGGCCUGGUAACUUUCUCACGCCUCACAUCAGCUCUACCUCAAGGCUUUUCUUCCAUCCAUCCUUCCAGUUCAUCAAGCUCACCAAAAAAUACUCGCCCAACAACACUCUCCUAUUCACAUCCCUAUAUCCUGGCUACCCAUCCAGACAACACACUGACGCUCUAUCUUUGUACUUCAACUUCCUCCAACCUCUCUAUAACGCCAGGCACAAAGUUAUGGGGCCACACGAGCGAGGUCUCUGCAGCGGAGAUCACACCAAGGGGCAAGGCG